CACGUAGUUGGCGGGACAGGCGACGCCGGUUUGUUAUUUUCAACGAAACGCGGGAGAUUCGGUAGAGGAAGAUUAACAACACUGAAUAGUUUUCCGGUUGUGAGUUGAAAUUCUGGUCGAAAAUGCCUUGUGAACGGAAGCCGAUGCGCUACGGGCAUUCAGAGGGACACACCGAAGUCUGCUUCGAUGACACUGGAAAAUUCAUAGUGACCUGUGGGCAUGAUGGAGAUGUUCGAAUAUGGGAGAAUCUGGACGAUGACGAUCCAAGGUUCAUCACAGUUGGCGAAAAAGCUUAUUCUUUGGCACUCAAGAAUGGCAAGCUAGUGACGGCAAGCUCCAGUAACGCAGUUCAGAUUCACACUUUUCCUGAUGGUGAGCCGGAUGGUAUCCUGACUCGGUUCACGACCAACGCCACACACGUCACAUUCAACACCAGUGGAUCCAAAGUUGCUGCUGGCUCCAGUGACUUCUUGGUGAAAGUAGUGGAAGUGUCAGACAGCAGCCAACAGAAAACCCUGCGGGGCCAUGAAGCCCCUGUACUCAGUGUCACCUUUGACCCCAAAGGUGAUUUUCUGGCCUCUGCCAGCUGUGAUGGCUCAGUCGUUGUGUGGAAUAUUGAGGAGCAGGCUCAGGUGAUCAGCUGGCCUGUGCUGCAGAAGACCAAUGAUGUCAGCAAUGCAAAAUCGUUGUGUCGCUUAGCCUGGCAACCUUGCACAGCAAAGUUUUUGGCGGUUCCUGUGGAGACCAAAGUUCAUCUGUACGAGAGAGAAUCCUGGAAUCAUGUGACCACGCUGUCUGAUGAUCUGCUUAAUCAGCUCAUCAAUGUGGCAGCAUGGUCUCCAUGUGGAAACUUCCUGGCAGCUGCCAGCGUGGGGGGAUUCAUAAUAGUGUGGGACAUUGAAAGCAAACUGUGUGUAGAGAGGCAGAAGCAUGAGAAGGGCUUCACAGUGUGCGGUUUAGCCUGGCACCCAUCCGGCAGUCAAAUUGCUUACACGGACACUGAGGGCUGCCUGGGCCUGCUGGAGGGCUUCGGUGCAUCCGUGCCUGCAACCAACACUCCCAAGGUGCCUGCAGGAAAAGGUGAGAGAGGCUAUGAAGAUCUAUUUGAUGAUGAGGAUGAUGACCAGGUCCUGGAUGAAGGAUGCAGUGAUGCCAACUCCCCUGCUAAGAAAGCAGCCAGUGGAGUCCAUGCAGAUGAGGAGGAUGAUGAUGAUUUCGUCAUACCUGCAACAGGGCGGGUGAGGAACAGAGGAGCCAUACUGGAUGAUGAAAAUUCACUUGAUUCAGGCUCAUUAAAGUUUGGUCGAUCUAAAUUUGGAGACGACAAUGAUGAUGAUGCUGACAGUGCCGUGAUGACUGUCGGUCCUCUGCCUACCACCUUGCGGCCUGUCUAUGAAGGGCCACAACCAACGCCACCCCAGAAAGCUUUUCAACCAGGCUCCACCCCAAUCCAUCUCACUCACCGCUUCAUGAUGUGGAACUCUGUCGGGACAGUGCGAGGCUACAAUGAUGAACAGGACAAUGCCAUCGACGUGGAGUUUCACGACACAGCUGUACACCACGCCAUGCACCUUACCAACUCGCUGGGCCACACAAUGACUGACGUUUCCCAGGAGGCCGUACUGCUGGCCUGCCCCAGCACAAAUGAGCUUGCAAGUAAAAUACACUGCCUUCACUUCUCAUCAUGGGACACCAACAAAGAGUGGAUGGUUGACUUGCCUCAGGGUGAGGACGCAAGGGCAUUGUGUCUUGGUCAAGGCUGGGCGGCAGUGGCCACCAGCACACUUAUCGUCAGACUUUUCACCAUUGGGGGAGUUCAGAGGGAAAUCUUCAGUCUACCAGGAGCUGUUGUUUGUAUGGCGGGACAUGGAGAGCAGUUGCUCAUCGUAUACCAUAGAGGGACAGGUUUCGAUGGGGAGCAGGCCUUGGGCGUGCAGCUCCUGCAAUUUGGCCGAAAACGGAGGCAAAUCAUCAAUGGUGAACCUCUCCCCAUCUCUCAGAAAUCCUACCUUUGCUGGCUCGGAUUUACCGCUCAGGGUACACCGUGUUACGUGGAUUCUGAGGGAGUGGUGCGAAUGCUGAACCGCUCCCUUGGCUUCACUUGGACUCCAGUUUGCAACACAAGAGACACGUGCAAAAGCAAAUCAGACCACUACUGGGUAGUUGGGGUGCACGAGAAUCCUCAGCAACUCAGGUGCAUACCAUGUAAAGGCUCAAGAUACCCCCCCACGCUGCCGAGACCCGCUGUUGCCAUCCUGCCUUUCAAGUUGCCUCUAUGUCAGACCACCACCGAAAAAGGACAGAUGGAGGAACAGUUCUGGCGUUCAGUGCUCUUCCACAACCACUACAGCUUCCUGUCCUCUAACGGCUAUGAAGUCGAUGAGGUUGGGCAGAGUCAGUCACAGAAAGAGCAGCAGGAGUUGCUGAUGAAGAUGUUUGCGUUGUCAUGCAAGCUGGAGAGAGAGUUCCGCUGCGUUGAAUUGGCGGAGCUAAUGACUCAAAACGUGGUGACGCUGGCCAUUCGAUACGCCUCGAAUUCCAGACGCAUGGCGCUCGCACAACGGCUAAGUGAGAUUGCCCUGGAAAAAGCCAACCAGAUUCAGGAGGAAGAACAAGAGGAUGUGACGGAAUACUCUGACAUCAGGCAGACUUCAUCUGGUAGAGGCAGUUAUGAACAGACCGACGUCAGAGAAAAGCAUCACCCCAGACAGACACUGGAGGAUGAACGCAGCCAAGAGCUUGUUGAUGAAGAGGGCGAACGGGAAAUAGAAUCUGAAGAUGGAGUCGAAGCCCCAAAGCGUCUAAACCCGUUUGCCAAAGUUCCAGGAUCAUCUUUCGAGCAAGCAGCCCCACUCUCAAGCAAAGUUGGAUACCCAAACCCUUUCAAGGUUCUAGGUUCGGGGAAGUCCUCUCCUGUCUCUUGUCAUCCUCGGGUGACAAACAUCCUGGACCACAUGACACCCAGCAGGAAGUUGGCUCCACUAAGUGCAUCUGCUGGGAAGUCAAACAGAAGCCCGGUCCUCAAACCACUCCCCCCUCGAGCAAAGGGAAAGGCUCAGUCCACUCUCUUGGAGAUAACAGGUGCAAAGGCAGUCGUGAAGAAGACUCAGGAGAUCUUGGAGGCCAGAGAUGACCAACAGAAGCAAGCCGAUGCCCCAACUGCUCCCUCACCAGCUGACAAUGCUGAAAUUAUGAGACCAAAAACAGGCUUCCAGUUGUGGUUGGAAGAGAACAGGAAGAACAUCACAGCAGACCACCCUGACCUGGAGGAGACGGACAUCAUCAAGGAGGCAAUGGGACUCUUCAGGAAUCUUUCAGCGGACGAGCGACUGACAUGGACUGAGCGAGCGAAAGGCCUAACUGGCGAUGUGAAGGACCUGAAGAAAAGAAAACGAACUGAAGCAGGCGGCGGUAUAGAAAAUGAAAUCGGCCAGCUCGAAGCUAACGAAAACGAUGCCAAGAAGAAGAAAGCGAUGGAUCCAUCGUCAAAGCUUUCAGCAUUUGCCUUUCACAAGAACUGAAGUUUGAUAGGCGGGUCUUAUUUUGAUGUGAAACUUUUUUAUAUUUAGUGUUGGUUCUGUUCAACAAAUUCAGUGUUGAUGUCCUCUUUCUCUUCAGGCUCAAGUAAACAUUCAUUAGAUCGCACUUAUGAUUCCUUUUUUACUGUGUCCUUCAGUGCCAUUCAAGUUGUUUUUGGAAAUUCUUUAUCUAAAAACACCUUCAACUUCAUUACAGAAUGUAUUGUCUGCUACAUGUCGGGUGUGCCACUCUUAAAAUGUAAUGGUAAACUCCUUGCUCUCUUCUUUGGCAUCGCUCAUCUGCAUCAAUACUUCACACAAUAAUUUUAGAGCUGUCGGCAGAAUGUCAAGUCAUGCAGUAAUAUAUUUUUGAUGGGCACAGUUGAAAACAUUUGUGAUUCUCAAAUAUUUAAAAGUACUUCUAAUAAAAGCCUUGAUGGUUUCUAACCUU